CUCUCUCACGAUAUUGCGUUGGCGUGUCAUGAAAGAUAUAGCACUAGUCUAAAGCAUAUGCCAUCUUCCUCACAUUUCGAGCCAAGAAAUUAUUACAGCGACAUACGGCUAAGGCACGUCCAUUAAUAUAUGUCUAUGGUAAUAACCAUAUUUAUCGUGGUAUUCAGUGGUAUUAUUAAAAAUGCGUUAUAAUAAGGUUAUAAAAAUAACUGGAAUGUAAUAGUUCACGAAUAGUACAUAGUACGAGCAGUAAUAAAGAAAAUUGAUAACAAUCAAGUAACAAUGCAAUCCACAAAUUCUACCGUUAAUUAAAAAUUUUUAGGGGAAAAAUGCUAGUGGUGAGAAGUAUAGAGUUGCUGGUCAUCUUAAAUCUUCACAUUUUUGGUGUCAUUUUAUCUGGGAUGUACUACUACAUUAUCAAAUACAUUAACAGAGACACCAUGGAUGAAGAUUCAGACGACAAAGACACCAAGAGAAAAUCGAGGAAUUUAAGUGAGAAAAAACGUAGGGACCAAUUUAACCUCUUGGUGAAUGAAUUGAGCUCAAUGGUGGCGACAG